AUGACAUCCUCUUCCAGUACUUCUAAUACUGUUCAUUCAUCCGGCAAGACUCUGAUUUCUUUUACUUCAUCUCAGUUUCCAUUGAAAUUUACAUCUCAAAAUUAUCCUACUUGGCGUGCACAAGUAGUUCCUGUCUUGCAUGGUUAUAAUCUGAUUGGUUAUGUUGACAGAACGCUAUUGUCUCCUUCUCUGGUUAUUCGUCAAGAAGGAAAGGAUGGUUCAAAUGAAGCUGUGGAUGUUCCAAAUAGCGAUUAUGAAUUUGGGUAUACUUCAACCGAUGCUUGGGAAAGAAUUCAGACUUCUUUUGCAAACAAAUCUGCAAAGAGACUUCUUUCUCUUCGUGAGAAGCUUUCUAAUCUGAAGCGAGAAACAAGGUCUGUAUCUGAGUAUUUGCAAACUGUUAAGAAUGUGUCUGAGGACCUAGCUUUAGCUAGAAGUCUUGUGUCCCCUGUUGAUCUUGUGAUUCAUGUUCUGAAUGGAAUUGGGAAAAUUCCAGUAGUAGUUCGUGCAAGAGAUUUCAUAAUUUCGUUCGAGGAGCUUGAGGAUAAACUUCUGUCUCAUGAACUGUAUCUUAAACGAUCAGAAGCUUCUCUUGAUUCAGUUUCGAUUAUUGCAAAUAAUGUACUUGAUACAGGAGCUUCUCACCAUGUGACAAAUGACUUGCAAAAUCUCUCUUUGCAUGCUCCAUAUGAUGGCCUUGAUGAAUUGCACUUAACCAACGGUUCAGAUUUAUGGGGACCUGCUCCUGUUGAAUCUAUUGAUAGUUUUAAGUAUUAUUUGAUAUUUGUGGACCAUUUUACAAAGUACAUAUGGUUUUAUCCAUUGAUAGCAAAGUCAGACGUUUCUUUAAUUUUCCCAGCAUUCCAAAAACUUGUCGAAAAUCAUUUUUCUUCAAAAAUUACUUCAGUUUAUACUGAUGGGGGAGGGGAAUUUAUUACUUUGAAAUCCAUAUUUCAGGUCAGUUCUGAUGAAGAUCCCUUAGCAUUAGUCCCGUUUUAUCCAUCUCGUUCGAGUAUAAGUCUUUCAAAUUUUGCUUUUGAGUCUUCUUCCAUUGAGUCUUCUAUUGUUUCUCAGUCAGUCGACAAUGGGUCCACAAUUUCGGUCGAAACCAGGUCUACGCUUCCAGUCGUGUCUUCUGAAUCGUUCCUUCCUCCUAUACCAGAAUCGUCCAUCCAACCUCCUCCUCUAUUAGAGUCUUCGUUUGCUGCUUCUAGUGCAGUUGUGUCCAUGUCUGCUGAAUAUAAUGCUUUAAUUACUAAUGGUAAUUGGCUUUUGGUUCCUUCAGAUAGUAGUCAGAAUUUGAUUGGCUGCAAGUGGGUUUUUCGAGUCAAGAAGAAUCCGGAUGGAAGAAGUUUUAUGAAGCAGCCUCCUGGAUUUGUUGAUUCGACUAGACCGGAGUAUGUUUGUAAGCUUGUAAAGGCUUUAUAUGGUCUUCGUCAGGCACCAAGGGCUUGGUACCAAGCUUUGCGGGAUUGUGCAUUGCAGUUUGGUUUUAUUCAAUCUAAAUGUGAUCAUUCACUAUUUAUAUUUUUCAAGGCUAAUGUGGUUUGCUUCUUUUUGAUAUAUGUUGAUGAUUUACUUCUUACAGGGAGUUGUAAAUUGUUCAUAAAUUCAUUUAUUGGUGAGCUUGCAGCCCGAUUUUUCUUAAAAGAACCGCAACCUUUGAAUUUUUUCCUGGGUAUUGAUAUACAUCCAUGCAAAGAUGGCCUAUUCUUGUCACAACAUCACUAUAUUCAUAAAUUGUUAGUGACUACCAAAAUGGACGGUGCGAAACCGGUGAGUACUCCAUUUGCUACAACAACUAAAUUGGUUAAAAAUGUAUCAUUAGAUUUAGUUGCUGAAGCUACAGAGUUUCGAAAGCUUGUUGGUGCCUUGCAAUAUCUCACUUGGACUCGCCCUGAUAUUUGUUUCUCUUUAAUAAAUUAUCUCAAUUCAUGUAAAGUCCAACAACAGCUCAUUGGGAUGCGUUGA